CAUUUGCUUGGGCGAGUUCUGGUGAGUUCUCGGAGUUCAAAAUGCGGCUCCAUCUCCGCCGCGCGAUGACCGUGCGAUCGAUGGCGGCGGUCGGCUUCUUCUUCUCCAAAUCCAGAUCUUGCAAACUGCAUCCCCUGCUCAACUUUAACCCUACCGGCGGCCUCCAUACUGCGCCUUCCCCUAUCGACGCUCCCCUCUCCUCCGAUUACCUCGUCCACCACCUACUCGACCUAUUCUCCAAGCCGCCUGGCCUCCGCAACGAGGAGAAAUUCCACUCCCUCGGCCGGCACCUCGUACCAUCCGCCGCCGAGGUCGUCAUCAAGGGCCUCGCGGGCUGGCGCUCGGCGCAUGAGUUCUUCCGGUGGGCCUCGGCGCAGCAUGGGUUCCGCCACACCUGCUACACCUACAACGCGAUGGCCUCUGUCCUCUGCCGCGCCCGCAGGUUCGUCCAGCUUAAGGAGCUGGUCGCCCAGGUGCUCGAUGAGCGGUGUCCCAUGACGCCAGGUGCGUUAGGGUUCUUGAUUCGCUGCCUUGGUAGCCAAGGUUUGGUUGAUGAGGCCCUACUUGUAUUUGAUCGCGCCAGUAUUCUUCAUUGCGUUCCCAAUUCUUACACCUACAAUUGCUUGCUCGAGGUGUUGGUCAAUUCACGCUCAGUGGACGAAGUGGAAUCGAAAUUUGAGGAGAUGGUGGUCGCUCGGAGACUGGAGCCGGACAAGUACACAUUUACUGCCAUUUUGCAGUCAUACUGCCGUGCUGGAAAGUUGGAAGAAGUGUGGGACAUCUUCAAUAAGAUGAAGGCUAAAGGCUGGGUAGACAGGCACGUUCUCACGGUCCUUAUUAUCACUUUUUGCAAGUGGGGAAUGGUCGAUCAAGUCUCUGAAAUGGUCGAACACAUGGAACGCAUGAAGAUGGCACCGAAUGAGAAAACCUUUAGUGUAUUGAUACAUGGACUUUCAAAGCAAGGGAAACCAAAUAAGGCACUCGAGAUGUUUGAUAAGAUGAAACGUUCAGGUUAUAAUGGGGAUCUUCCACUCUAUAGCUCUUUGAUUGAGGGGCUUCUCAAGGAGAGGAAUCUUGGAAUGGCUCGAAAUGUGUAUGUGGAGAUGAAAGAGAAUGGAAUCUCCCCAGACGUUCAUUUACUCAAAUUGAUGAUCUCGGGUUUGCUUAGAGAAAAAGAGUUUUCCUCUGCAUGCCAGUUAUUGGAAGAAGGUGAAGAUUUAAACUUGUGUAAUAUGGUCUUUCACUAUAACACUGUUCUUGAUGAGCUCAUUAAACAUGGUGAGAUAAACAGAGCAUGUAAGCUACUCUGUAUGAUGCUGAUUUCUAAAGGACUGUCUGUCCCAGAGUUGGACACCGAUGAUGAAAUCAACUGCUCGACUGAAACUGUCAGUGAUCAAUUGUUUAGAAUAAACCAACCUGUUUGCCCAAAUGCUGAUUCCUACAGCAUCGUGGUUUGUGGUUUAUGCAAAGCCAAAAAUCUAGAUACGGCCUUGAUUCUCUUAAACAAUAUGAUAGGAAUUGGGUGCAAAGGAACACUUUUAAUGUAUAAUAAUCUUAUACAUGAGCUAUGUAAUGUGGACAGAUUGGAGGAGAGCUAUGAACUUUUGAAAAGAAUGGAGGAGAGUGGCUUUUUGGCCACAGAAUUCACCUAUAACUCAAUAUUGUAUUGCAUUUGUAAGAGGGGGGAUUUGCCUCCUGCACUUGACUUACUAAGGGUGAUGCGGCAGUAUCACCAUGUGCCAUGGAUAAAACAUUCUACAUUAAUGGUGCAGCAACUUUGUGAAAAAGGAAAAGUAUCAGAAGCUGCUGGAUUUUUGGAUGAGAUGACUGCUCUAGGUUAUAUUCCUGAUAUGGUGUCUUAUUCUGCAGUUAUUGAUGGAUUGUGUAAAUCUGGAGAGGUCGACAAAGCUUUGCAGCUCUUCCAUGAUAUAUCAUCAAAGUGGUAUCUUCCAGAUGUGGUUGCACAUAAUAUUCUAAUCAGUGGUUUUUUCAAAGCAGGUAGAUGGCACGAGGCAUUAGAGAUAUAUGAAGAGAUGUUGAAGAAGGAACUUGUUCCUUCUCAUGUGACAUACAACCUUCUAAUCGAUGGUUGGUGCAAGGCCAAGGAUAUUGACAAGGCUCUUGCUUGCUUCAGAAAAAUGAUAGCUCAAGAUAGGCCGCCCACUGUAGUUACUUACACAAGCUUAGUUGAUGGGUUGUGCAGUGAAGGAAGAUAUGAAGAUGCUCUUAUGUUGUGGAAUGAAAUGCGAGAAAAGGGAUGUGCUCCAAAUCAGAUCAUAUACACUGCUCUUAUACAUGGUCUUUGUAAGUGUGGUAGGCCAGAUGUUGCUAUUGUCUAUUUUAAUGAGAUGAAGGAGGAGUUUGAGCUAGACCACUUUGUUUAUUUGUUGCUGAUAAAUUCUUUAGUUGCCAAAGGCAAUUCAGUUAAGGCUUUUCAGCUUUUAAAGGAAGUUCUUGAAAAGGAUAACUUUCCUAGUAAUAGUCCUAAGGCCUUGGGUCUAAUGAAGAAAGCAGUAAGCAAGCUGCUCGAGGAUGAAUCUACUUCUUUGGAUGUAAAGUUACUUUUUAAGGGCAAGACUAUGCCGUCAAGGGUCGCUAACUAUCUCCAUUGCCUGGAGUGAUAUAAUUCACAAUUCUAAUUGGCUUAGCAGACAGAAUUUUGCAUUUGCUGGUAGGUUUCGUUUGUUUGUUCUUGGUCAUAGGUCAGCUGCACCAUAUCGGCAGGAAUUUAUUUAAUCCAAAUGUUCUACGGGUUUUCGGUAUACUAUACAGGAGGCUUAUUUUUUGUCCCCGGGGCUAUGGUGCGAUGGUAAGAGGUGAGACGAACUCCCUAUGCAACAAGGAUUCAAAUCUCACCCAGCGCACAUUACACCUAAGGAGUUUGAAAAAGUUGUGACGUUGGACAGUCCGCCAAGACCCAUCUUCGUUCCCCGAUUUACUCAGGUGGUUGGUGGAAAAGUUUUAUGGGAUAAGCCAGUCACUUCUAGAAUUAGUCAGAUGAUAACUUACAGGAUUAGUCGGAUCAUAAGAGCUGGAUAUCUGGAUCACAGGUGGCCUGAAAAUUGAUACUCCAAUGUAAUCACUGUUACUACGCCCAAAGGGCAGCCAACAGUCAAUUUCUAUACAAAGGUGAGCAUUGCUCAAACAAGACGGCCGAAUUCAAGAAAUGGUUGAACUACAGUCGAUAAAUUACUGACUACAAAGGUUUUACUUGAUGGUCAGCAAAGUUCAUGAAAUACAGGAGAUUAGCACUGCAAGAUAGUUUGCCAACACGGCAUUAGACUACACCUAUGGUAGCAGCUCCAUCUCCAUAAGGCACUAAUUCUAUCUAGAACUUGGAUUCAUACUGAACGAAGUCGGCUCAGUAGAGAUAUUAUUAGUAGAGGUGAAUUGCGUAAAAUAUUCCUGAACCUUGUCAGUAUCCUCAAAAACUGGAAUGUCACUUGUAAGCAUCUUGAAUGCAAACUCGAGACACGGGUCUGACCAAGGGCUGGAAAAUGUUGAUCCAUAAGGCUUUUCAUUACCACUUCUUCCGAAGUGAAUCUGUUGCACAGUUGAUGUGUCACCUAUAUGUGUGUUUCUUUCAAGCUCAUUUGCUGCUUCAAGGUCUUCAAAUUGCAUCUUCUUUUGUUGGUAGAAGCUCGAAUUGGAUUGAUAAGGUUGAUCCAAAGCAGUAGCUGUUUUUUCCUGUAGCUGAGAGAAAGCAUCUGCUUUAGCCCUAUGAGAAUUUCCAGCUUCACUAGAAUUUGUAAUUUGAUUGUCCCUAAGUGCAGCCAAUCGUUUAGAUGCUCGG